AUGUGGACAAAAGCAGAUAAAGCGCUAGUGAUACCCACAGAGUAUAGCUUGGUCAUAGGCUUUUCGUUACAGACAGGCACUUUGGUCCUACUGCAAUGCUUUUGGAACUACCUGGCCAAUUCUGUUGCGAAAAGAAAUUUCAUGAGCAGCAAAGAAUUCAUGUUUUAUAUAUGCUGGACAUUCUCGAGCUUCAUCAUCUUUCCGCUCUUACAGUACAACUUUUCAAGAAGCAUCUAUGAUCCCACUAUCAAAGAAAUCAUGCCAGAGAUGGUGUAUGGCAUUGAGCUUUUCAUUGUAGCCUGCUUAGGUGUCGUCUCCCAUUUUCGCUUCAAGAAGCUGCUUCGUAAUUCCCGUGAUACCCCUAAUGGUAGAUCCAUUACUCAGAAAGUUCUCUAUUUCCAAGAAAUCAACAUUGUUUUAUCUACUGUUUUGUGUGGCCAUGGUACACUAUUAACAAUCCUAAGCUGCGAUGGCCUCACCGCACCGAAAUAUUUGAAUAUGCACAAGUUUUGGGCCGAUUUCUUCAUUUGUAACAUUAACAUGUGCGCUGUUAUCACAUGGCUUUGUAUGAUUUUGAUUUUCCAUCCCAAACACAAUCAUUCAAUAGAAGCAGCACCAGCAAGUGAUGAAAUUUACUCUGAGGAUAGUAAUAAAAUCAACAAUAACAGUGGCAUCAGCAGUACAAACACCUACGGACAUGCGCCUACACUUGUGUAUGGCAGUUCUCAGUCAUCCAGCGACUACAUGUACAAGUCGUGUCAUCCACUGACUAAAUCAGGUACCAUCAGCAGCAGCAAUUGCGACAGUGCAUUCCAAUUUGGCCCAUUACCUAUUAUUCCGUCCACAUCACAGGCAACAUCUACCACUGAAGCAUUCCGCAAGAACAAUUCUAUUGCAUCUACAGCUCCUUCCAUGACAACUUUGGUAUCUCAUCAUCAAGUCAGCCAUGGCAGUAAUGGAAAAAGCAAUAGCAUGUAUCCUCGAUCUACAAAGGGCUCUAUCAGCGCAAGCAGCGAUUAUUUCCAGGUAGGCAUACCUGACGAAAAGGGAUUGCCGUCUGCAGAAGACUACUAUGACUCUAGAGCAAGUUACAACAAUGCUGCAUCCAUCGCUGCUGCUCAAGCUGCUUCAAAACACUAUCAACAACAGCAGCUAGAAUUAGAGUUACAAAGCUUAAAAAUGAAAAGCAUUCAUACUUCAACUACUGAAAAACAUGAAAUCAGGCGCGAAGAAGAAGAAUAUGUUCCUCCUCCCUUGUCUCCAGCAAGAAAAAGUAGAGGUGAUGUUAUCCAGAGCCUUCGUCCAGAGCAAGACCGUCGUAGAUACACGCAUUCCAUGAUCAUACAGCCUUGUGAUGAAGAUAUGGGAGAGUUUGGCAUCAAGAAGAAGGAAUUGCAACCCGUAAACCUCAGCCAAGAGUUGGCUCCUGGUCGCUCACCACACAAUGGUCUGGAGGAAGAAAUGCCUGUUGCAACUUAUAAUGAAUUCAAAGGCUUUCAACAGCAACAAGCAUUGAAUAACUCCAUGUUAACCUCGUUCAAAGAGCUUGGUAACACAUCAGAUUUGCUUGUAGACUACAGCAGAAAAUCAAAGCAACUCAUGAGCCAUUCCACAUCGUCUUUAUUGCUGCCAUUGCCUUUUGAAACCAGCAGCUACAGUAUCAGCAGUAGCAUCGAAGAACAGCAAAAGCAACAGUCUUCUACUCCAUCAGCGUCAUCAGCAUCGUCAAGUAAUAACAGCAGCUUGCUGCAGCACAGUAAUGUUUUUCGUUUAUAA